CGACAUGCUUUAUGACAAUUGUUAUAAUCGCUAUCAUGCCAUAUUGUGACAGGCAAAGGCCGACCGGUGUGCCUUGUAUCUUGCUCUGUUUCGGCGUCGCCGAGUCACAAGGCUUGAACACGUCGUUAAGGUGGAGCGACCUUAUUGCGCGCGGCUUGUUAUCGUCGAGCAGUCAAAGAGCGUAUGCUAUGCAUGAUCCCAAAGCGGCAGCAUUCCGAGAGAUACAGGUCUAUCUUGCACUACACUCCAUUUUUUCUACAUUAAACAAGGUGGCUCUGUACGAGUAGGCCACGCGCACCCAACUGUACGACUUGGGUUUGGAAGCAAGACCAUUCAUCAUUCAGUGCGACCCUUUAGUUCUUCGCUCGGACUUGAAAUCAGGCUGCUCGCGAACUGCUGCGAUGUACGCAGAAUAGUGCAGUCGCAAGCAAAGCGAGCCCGCAGAUGCGCCACGGCGAUAAUGCAACCUGCACGAGGGUUAAUCACCGCUCGAUCAAGUUGAGUUGUUCAAAUCCACUUACAGUAAACGAUUGGCGAUACCAAGUCCAUCGAUUGGUGUUACUUGCUGCAGACGUUGCGGCACCCUGUUCGAGUCUGCCGGGCUCGACCGGUGAGCUCGUGGCCGCAGAGAUGGAACGCAAGGUUAGAGAGAACGGACCCUCCUGGUCGCCAAAGAAGCUGCAACGCGAUAUGAAUAAUCAAGAAUCACGAACGCGGGUCCAAUAGACUUACCUCCUCAUCAUGAUACUCAUCCGCUUAAUCGUCUUGAGGUUGAUGGGAUCCGCAU